ACAAAUACUGCAAGUGGUGUCCCUUCUCUUCAACAAAAUCAAGUAAAAUAAAAGAAAAAGAAUCAAUACCCAUUUCACUUCCUUUUUUUUUCUUUUACUACCCAACAGUUCAUCAAAUCAGUCCCAAAAACAAAAACCCACUGCUACAAACAUGAAAUCCGGUCAUGGGGUCACUCCUUUUCUCCUGUUUCUCUUCAUCUCAGCUUAUGUCUUCAAUUGCAAUGAAGCUACAAGCACGUCACAAGUAAACGGGUCUUCAGAAAUGGUUCCAUUGGUGGAUGAGAAAACGGUGAAGAUGAUGACGUUGUUCAAUGAGAGCAGGAGAAAGCUGGGGAGUUUCCAGAUAUGCGCUGUUUGUACAUGCUGUGGUGGAGCUAAAGGUGUUUGCUUACCAUCUCCUUGUUGCUAUGCAAUCAAUUGCAACAUUCCAAACAGACCAUUUGGUUUCUGUUCUUUCACCCCCAAAACCUGUAAUUGCUUUGGAUGCCAUCUCUAAAUCCUUAUUUCUCACGUUUUGGUUGUUUUAUUUCAGGUUUUUUUUAAAAAAAAAUUGCAAAAAAUAUUGAUUCUGAUGCAUGUUUGAAAGUGGAGAAAGAGAAUAUCUGCUCUUCUUCAUUUGUUUGUUUAUAAAAUUUCAUAGGGAGUUUGCUGUUUCCAGUUUA